CCAGGUACAUCCAGAUUUUUCCACAUCUGCCUCCUUGCUUCUUUCCUCCCCAUACUCUUCCAUGUUCCCAGAGAAAUCAGGAGGAGAACCUGAAUGUCUCUUGCCUCAAACUCUGCAGCUACAUGGAGAAAUGAGAGGGACUGGGAGGACAAUUUCAGCGAGCCAGAGGGUUUGGGUGGUUGUAGAUGUGGCACGAGCAGGCAGCAGAACACAACACCCAGAGGAGAAGGGAGGAAGGAAAGAAAACCCGACACACAUUCUGCGAAAGAAUGUGACAGAGAGCGAGGAAGCAGAGGAAGGAUUCACACUGCUGGAUUUCCAACCCAGGGGAAUAAACCAGAAUGGUUCAGCAAACCCAGAUGAAACCAGAAGUGCCGUGAGAGGAGAGGGAAGCAGCGCUGCCCGCAGCUGCAGCAGCUGCCCUGAGAGCCAGAGCCAUGGGAAGCCCCCGAGCGUCGGUGGGGAGAGCAUCUGAAGAAGUGCAGAAGGAAGCAGAGGGCUCUCUGUGAGCUCCCAGCUCCAGGUGACCACCAUGGAUUCCUGCAGGAUACCUGCCAACGCCUCCAAGUGCAGUGGGAGCACCAUGGAGUGCUUCAUGGUGCUCAGCACGCAGGCACAGAAGAUAAGCAUUGGCAUCCUGUGUGGCCUCUUUGGGACAAUGUGUGUUUUUGAGAACUCCCUGGUGCUCUACCUGAUUUUCUCAUCCCCUGGGCUCAGGAAGAAGCCUUCCUACCUCUUCAUCGGCAGCCUGGCCCUGGCUGACAUCCUGGCCAGCAUCAUCUUUGUCUGCAGCUUCGUGAACUUCCACGUGUUCAACGAGGUUGGUUUCUCCAAGGAGGUGUUCCUGCUGCAGCUGGGAGGGGUGAACACCUCCUUCUCUGCCUCCCUCAGCAGCCUGCUGCUCACAGCCCUGGACCGCUACAUCUCCAUCAGCCGGCCCUCGGAGUACAAGCUCCUGAUGACCAGGAGAAGAGCCUGGAUGGCCCUGGCAGUGCUCUGGCUGACCUGUGCCACCAUUGCUUGCCUGCCCCUGCUGGGCUGGAACUGCUGCGUGCUGGAUUCCUCGUGCUCCGAGCUGUUCCCCUUUGUGGAUGACAAUUACCUGUCGGGCUGGCUCUGCUUCGUCGUGGUGCUGCUGGGCUGCAUCGUCUACGCCUACGGCCACGUGCUCUGGAGGGCUCGCCAGCACGUGGCCUACAUGGAGCAGCACCAGGCACAGGCAGGGAAGCAAAACACCCGGAUGAGGAUGGACGUGAUGCUGGCCAAGACCCUGGCCAUGGUGCUGGCUGUCCUGAUGCUCUGCUGGUCCCCCGUGCUCGUGCUGAUGAUCUACAGCGUCUUCGGCAGGCUGAGCCACCGCCUGCGCAAGGUGUUCGCCUUCUGCAGCACCCUCUGCCUGCUCAACUCCAUGGUCAACCCCAUCAUUUACGCCCUGCGCAGCAAGGAGCUCUUCUCCUCCCUGAGGAGGGUGUUGUCCCACUUCAGGAGGCAGCUGAAGGCCCCUGAGGAGAGCCCAGAAGCAGAGAGCACCCACAAGUCCUCCGUGAUAGAGACCGUCUGCGAGGACACGCACGCCAUGUAGGGAGGCACCGUGGGAGAUCCACCCACUCAGCCUGCAAGGAACAGUCUGGAUCACUUUUCUUUUUAUUUUCUCUUCUGAUGGGAGUUGAGGGAUCAGCUGUGAUGUGGAGACAGCUCCUGCUGAUGUCACCCUUCAACGCUGGGACAUGAAGUGCACCGACUUUGCUCUCAGGCACAGGUUGGGAUUGUUGGGGUGUCCUGUGCAGGACCAGGACUGAAUGGUCCUUGGGGUGUCCCUUCCAGCUCAGCAUAUUCCAUGAUGCUGUGAUCAUCUCCCACCAGGGGAGGUUCAGGCUGGACAUCAGCAGGAAUUUCUCAUGGAAAUGGUGGGCAGGCUUUGGAAGGGGCUGCCCAGGGAGGUUUGGAGUCCCCAUCCCUGCAGGUGUCACCUGGACGUGGCACUCAGUGCUCUGGGCUGGUGACAAAGUGAGGACUGGGCACAUCUGGGACUCGAUGGUCUUGGAGGGCUUUUCUAACCCCUCACUGUGGUUUAAGGACUUGGCCAGAGCUGGGGCAGGCAGGACCUUGCAGGCAGCACAUUUCUUCAGGCAGGUUUCAGGAGAACUGACCGAACCACACGGGUGUUUGUGGGAUGUUAUGUGAUUAAACAUACAAGCCAUUU